GUUCAUCAGGUGAACCUUGGGCUCAUCGAGGAGAGUUUGGUUCAGUACGAAAUCGUUUUUAUUGGAAUUUUCCCUCUACCACCAACCACGUCGAUGCUAUGAAGAUGUUUGAUAAAUCAGGAUUGUAUUUCUUCAGUGACUUAACUACUGAGACGAGACCUUGUACAUCAAGAAUGUCUUUUUCAAGAGACAUCACAGGCCAGGCUGACCUUUUAUUCAGUGAGGAGAUGCCUGAAAGAUUUGAGAUACUUCAGUCAGUUGAUCAAGAUAAAUUCCAGACUGCACGAAAAUACUUUCCAGAAACAUGGCUUUGGAAAUUAUCACUAAUUGGCUCGUCUGGUGUGAGUAGUGAACCAGUGACAGUACCAGACACUAUAACUGAGUGGGUGGGGAAGGCUGUGUGCAUACAUCCAGAGAAGGGUCUUGGCAUCUCAGAAGAAGCCUCUAUCACUGUUUUUACGCCCUUUUUCAUCGACCUUACUCUCCCACCUUCUGUGAAGCGUGGCGAGCUUCUCCCCGUCAAGGUUUCCAUAUUUAACUUCUUGCAGGAAGACUUACCGGUAAAGGUUGUGCUUGAAGACAGUAGUGAAUAUGUGAUAGAGUCUCAUGGUGUGCACAGUGACUGUAUUCCUUCAGAAGAUAAGAAGGUGCACACAGUCAAGAUCCGAUCAUUGGUUCAUGGAGAUGUUAACAUUACAGUUAGAGCUUUUGUUGAUGAGUUAUACCCAGAGGUGUGUGGCUCUGAGUAUGUCAUUAGCAAGAGAGAUGUUGUGAUUAAGCCCAUCAAAGUGGAGGUUGAGGGCUUCCCUGUGGAGAACACAUGGACCAAAUAUAUCUGUUCAACUGAUAUCGAGGAAAAUUUGGACUAUUUAGAAAUAUGGAAGAUUGAGCUGCCACCAGGGAUAGUGAGUGACUCUACACGUGGUUGGGUGACUGCUGUUGGUGACCUUCUGGGCCCUACACUUGAGAACCUCGGCUCUCUGGUGAAGAUGCCUUUUGGAUGUGGAGAACAAAACAUGAUCAACUUUGUCCCAAAUAUAUUUAUUCUACAAUAUCUCGAGGCCACAAACCUUACCACCCCAGAACUUAGUGAGAAAGCCAUUGAGUAUAUGAAACAAGGUUACCAACAAGAGCUCAAUUACCGUCACAGUGAUGGAUCGUUUAGUGCAUUUGGGAGUAAGGAUUCAUCUGGUUCUACCUGGCUCACAGCUUUUGUACUCAAGUCCUUUGCUUUGGCCCGUCAGUUUAUCCAGAUUGACAGCGAUGACCUGAGGAUGAGUGUGGACUGGGUACGGAGGAAGCAGAUGGAGAAUGGGUGUUUUGAGUCAGUGGGUACAGUGUUCCACAAAGACAUGAAGGGUGGUAUUCAGGGUAAUGAUUCCCCUGUGCCUUUGACUUCCUAUGCACUUAUUUCCUUGCUGGAGGCUGGUGAGUCAAGUGGUCGACAUAUUAGUGAGGCAGCCUUCUGCUUGCUUGCCGUUGAUACCCAGGAUCCCUACACACUAGCGCUCAAGGCAUAUGCUCUGGCUUUAGCAAGGCUACCUGAUGCAGAAACAGUGAUGCAGCAACUCAUCAGUCAGGCUGUGGAAACCAAUGCUGCCAUGUACUGGGAACUUCCUGCUGGAGCCAGUAAGAGUGAAGGUGUGGCAGUGGAGACAGCAGGUUAUGCUGUGUUAGCCAUGCUGACCUUGAAUGCUUCACGCUUUGAUUAUCAGGCCAAGAAGAUAGUCAAGUGGAUCUCCUCAAAGAGAAAUGGUCAAGGAGGUUUUGUCUCCACACAGGAUACUGUGGUUGCCUUACAAGCUCUGGCAACUUUUGAGAGUAAACAAGAUGUGGCCACUAAGGAUCUGGUAGUGACAGUGGAAGCAGGAGGUCUCGAACACAACUUCCUCAUUAACGAAGACAACAAACUCCUUCAACAAAUGGUGAAUCUUCCCACAUUGCCUACUAAUGUUAUCCUUGACAUGGCAGGAGAAGGAUGUGCAAUUGUUCAGGCUGUGUUGAGGUACAAUAUCCCUGAUGCCAGCCCAAGUGAAGCAUUUAAUCUGAAUGUCAACACAGCAGCUGAACCUGAAUGUAAGAGAAAAAGGAUCGAGGCUUGUGCAUCUUACCAACUACCAGACAACACGACUAACAUGGGAGUCAUUGAGAUCAACCUGGUGUCUGGCUAUAUUCCUGAAAAGUCAGAUCUCAAGCAGAUUGUGGGUUAUGGCGCUGGACUCCUCAAAAGAUAUGAAGUAGAUGGCAGUAAAGUUACCUUCUACGUCGAUCAGUUCUCAUCUGAAGAGAUAUGUGUCAACUUCCAGAUGUUGAGGGAGGUUGAUGUUGAAGAUGUCAAGCCCGGCACAGUCAAAGUUUAUGACUAUUACCAACCAGAAUUUUCCGUCACCGAGAGCUAUACUCUACCACUAGAGUCCGAGUGUUAAUUAUGACUCCACUUUUGACUUCUCUAACACCAUCAUCGUUCAUCGCCGUCAACUUGAACCAUCGCCAUCACUGACCCACAAAGAAAUAUGGAUGAUCAUCUUGCCCUGAUGAUCAGUCUACAGUGAAUGCUGGAACUCUCCUUCAGAGUCGAUGAAAGAUAAUAUCUUUAAAUAACUGUUUUAGUUAAUUAAUGUAUUAAAAGCAAGAAAUGUCUCUGAUAUAAGACUGUUCAGUAAAAGUAAUAACUAAGACAAGUAAUUAUAAGUAAUUAAUUUACUGUACUGUACUGUACUGUACUGUACUGUACUGUACUUACAAUAUUACAAAAUAUUGAUGUUUCCUUCCGGUAAAACUCUCUUAAUUCUUCACUGUUUUUAAUACACUAACUUAAUAAAUGCUUUAUGGUGAACCCUGUGUUAAUGCUUUUACAUACUCAAUUACAGUCAGUGUACAGUAUUUCA